GGGGCUCUCCAGCCAGGUAAAGGACGGGGCGGCAGGCGGGUCCUGCUGGUAAAGCCCGAAGGAAGGGCGGGCCGCCAAGGCGAGGGGCGUGGAGAGGGCGGGGCUUUUCGGCGCGCUGACGUCAGACCAGGCUGCGACGCCGGCGGCCGUCCAGAGCUGAAGCGGCGGAGGUGUGUGUAGCGGAGCCGGGCCUGAGCAGACGCGGGCCGAAGCUCCUGGCUCAGCGGCGGCGGCUCCGGGGCGGGGGCGCCAGCGGCAAAGCCCCCUCCCCGGGGAGGCGGGGCCGGGCCGGCGCCUGGGAACCAUGCAUCAGAAGCUGCUGAAGAGUGCGCACUACAUCGAGCUGGGCAGCUACCAAUACUGGCCGGUCCUGGUACCCCGCGGCAUCCGCCUCUACACCUAUGAACAGAUCCCGGUAUCCCUCAAAGACAACCCCUACAUCACCGACGGCUACCGGGCCUACCUUCCUUCCAGACUGUGUAUCAAAAGUUUGUUUAUCCUGUCUAAUGAGACGGUAAACAUCUGGAGUCAUUUGCUGGGUUUCUUUCUCUUCUUCACCCUGGGGAUAUAUGACAUGACAUCCGUGCUGCCUUCCGCCAGCGCAUCCAGAGAAGACUUUGUGAUUUGCUCCAUUUGUCUUUUCUGCUUCCAGGUCUGCAUGCUUUGCUCGGUGGGCUAUCAUCUUUUUUCCUGUCAUCGGUCAGAAAAAACUUGUCGGAGAUGGAUGGCAUUGGAUUAUGCAGGAAUUUCUAUUGGAAUACUGGGCUGCUAUGUCUCAGGAGUAUUUUAUGCAUUUUAUUGCAAUAAUAUCCACCCCAGCUACCUCACACAGCAGUGGCAGAGGCUCCGCCCCAUCAUCUUCUGCUCUGUUUCGGGAUAUGGAGUGAUCCCUACUCUUCACUGGGUUUGGCUCAAUGGAGGAGUCAGUGCUCCUAUUGUACAGGACUUCGCACCCCGAGUAAUUGUGAUGUACGUGAUUGCUCUUCUUGCUUUCCUGUUCUACAUUUCCAAGGUCCCGGAACGGUACUUUCCAGGACAACUGAACUACCUCGGAUCAAGCCACCAGAUCUGGCAUGUCCUUGCAGUAGUGAUGCUGUAUUGGUGGCAUCAGUCCACGGUGUAUGUCAUGCAGUACAGACACAGCAAGCCUUGCCCUGACUAUGUUUCCCACCUGUGACUCCAGGAGUUAUUGCUGAGUCCACCUGAAGUAUCUACUGUUUAGAAGGAAAUGGAGCAGCACCAAAGGGGUCUAGUUCGACCGGUUGGGACUGUUGUGGAGUGACACUUUGCACCACGAGUUCUGUAAAGGGCACGGCACCAAAGUCAUCCAUUCUCAAUGUCUCUGCGCUGUGGAAGGACCCGUGUACUGAAUUCUGUCGCGGCCUCCCAGGCAAAAUGGUGGUGUGAUCAACGCAGAUGUCGCUUAGGCCCUGAUGGGGCUGGUGCCACAAGUCUGGAGGAUGAAAGGGCUUGGCACCGAAUGGGUCCAGCAGACUCUCGUCAGAUGGCAGGACACUGGCCCUGUCUUUGCCAUCAGUCAGCGCGACGCUGAUGUUCUCCUUGGAAUCGGAAAUGGUUAAAAACUCAUUGCUGCUCUGGGAGUCUCUGCGGCCCACCUUCUUGUGUCUGCGGGCCCUCUCGGGCGUGCGGUAGGGGGGCUUCAGCGUCUUCUUUGCGCUGGUAGGGGUGCCGUGAUGGCGCUUCCCAUUGCUUUUGGACACAUCCUGCUUUGUGCGUCUCUGGCGAGAGGAGAGUUUCUGCAAGCUGCGCUGCUUGACUUUCUGCUGCUGCUGACUCCCAGUUAUUUCCUCAAAGGGCACGAGCCCAAAAACAUCCUCCUUGCUUUCACUUUUACUGGCUGACACGGAGAAGGGCUGGAAGGGAGUGGAGCCAAAUAUAUCUACACUUCUGGGCCGUGCAGGCAGAGGCCGGGCAUCUGGCCCCACCGCGGGCCAGUCCUGUACGCUGACCUUCUUGUUGAAGGGUGCCUUUGUGAACACGUCGAAGUCCUCCUGCUCUGGAAAAGCAUGCUGGGACAGGUUCUUCCCAUCCCCUCUGUGCUGCAGGCUCUGCGGAGCAGGCGCUGCAAAGAAGGGAACAGCGCCAAACACAUCGAACUCCUGACUGGGAGUCAGCGCAUCAGCAGGCGAGCGGGCCGGGGUCAGGAGGGCUGUGUCUGGGGCCACGCCAGGUUUGUCCCUGCGCAGGGAGCUCGUGUCUCCUCUCUUGGUCUUUGCCUGUUCACACUCUGAAUCAGAGCUGUGUUUGUCGUCCUCUUCCUCAUCUUCAGAGUCCAUCAGCAGAGGCCUGUGACCCAGGUUCUCCGGCUCAGUGUCGUCAUCAUUAAAGUCCCCGUGUUCUCCCUGUGCGUCUUCAUCCUCUUGUUCUUCUUCACUGCUCUUAGGAGAAGGGGGGUCUGAUUCGAAAUCACUUUCAGAAUCAUCAUGUCCCUUUUGUACUUGACCCCUAAUUACGGGAUUCUCGGAGGUUUUCUUUCCGGCUCGCUGAUCUUUACAUAGUGGACUUGAGCCUCCAUUUUUGGUAAGGUUUGCAGUGAUAGAUUUUUGAUUUGGAGAAUGUUCCGUCGUUUUCUUUUCAGGAGAACCUAAAAGUUCAAAGAGAAAUCAUUACAGUAUUCAAUAUUUCAGUAUCUUCUUAAACUGAACACGUGGCAUGCCAUGUCCGUCCAGGGAGUAGGCACAGUUACUAGUCUCUGGCCAUGUCCUGAAAUGCAGACCGACACACUUGUCUCUCUGGACAUGUGGCACAGACCCUUGGGACAAAGAAACUGCAUCCACAGCACCAUACAGGCCCUCGAUAGGACAAGGGUACUGACGGUCCUCUCCACUCGCCAAGUAAACGUCUUCAUUUCAACCCCGUGUUUGUCCUCUCUUUACUAAUACCCACCUGCCUGCGUGCCCUGUGUGUGCUGUUUCUGCACUUUGCUUUCCAGAAACGGAUGCUUUAAGGUAGUGUGGAUCUCUCCCACACAGACUGAUCAAAGCUAAGGACCAACUCGGGCACAGGCACUAUCAAGGCACUUCAUGAAGUGACUAGCACAUGACUAGCACAUCUUUAAGAUGCCUUAGUUUACCUGAAAAUGUGCUACCUUCCUAGUAUCCUGCCCUACUGAACAGAAUGUUUCCAGAGGUGAGAAUCAAUUUGUAUUGACCCAAACUACAAACACUUACCUCUUCCUCUCCUUAUGACUAAGAUGUUUUGUCAAACAGUUACUGAGGACUGAAGUACAAUAUGUAGUCGUGAAAACUAACUAGCUGAUGGUAGAGGAACUGUUCACGUUCCUCCGACAUGGCCGCUCUGCAAAGUCCACACUGUCAAGUUCUGACAACUCUGUAGCCCACACUCCUCCACCAACACCUCCUUAGACUAGGAAGUUCCCCACAGCCCUGUCCUCAUGUCUCUCCCUCUACAGCCUAGCCAGUUGUAAACUGCAAGCUAUAUGCCUCAGACAGCAGUAGUUCUGGCUGACAUUCAUCUAUUUAGCUGACAUCUUCAUGGGAAAUUCCAGUCUAACGUCUCUUAUGCUUAUUUCCCGAGACUAUGCAUCCUACCAGUACUCGAAGGCAGGAAUUCCUAAGGGUAUCAGCCCCCUUUUAGGAUAUCUUCAUCACCAGGUCCUCUAGAUUACUGCACCUCUAGCUACACAGAUCCUCCAGCCAGCAGACAUCAAGACCAUCUCCUCCUGCGCAUUCAUUCAUCCAUUCAUUCACUCCCUUCUGUACCCCUCACAACGGAACUCGGAACCUCCAUUAUAUGGCUAGCUACCUAUCAGAAAUCUUUUAUUGGCCCUGAGACGUUCCACCCUGUGUGUGGUGUACUGUCCUGUCUUGCCUUCAGCUACAACUCUGAUGUCUUCUAUGGUACUACCUAUUACACGCAUAGCUGAAUUCUUUCUAUGACAGCUCGGGAACUGAGUAGCAACCCAGGUCCUUCAAACUCGCUAUCAGAAUGAGGAACCCAGCAGACAUGAGGGAAUCAAUGAUGCCAUGCUGGCCUAACAUCUCUGCUGCUCUGUAGCAUCACAUCUUACAACUCACCUGAUGGACCCAGCCCACAGGACAGACCUCCAAGACUACCCCUGGACGAUGCCCUGCACACGUGGUACUUGAUGAACUGGUAGAAUCCUUGACUGCAGGCCUGCUCCAGUGUUGUGGCUGGCCAACCAUCCCUACUUAUCAUAUCUCAUCGUCCUUACUCUCUGUUUCCUAGCUCUGUGCACAUGUGUAACCAAAAUGACUGCUCCAAGAGUGGCAACUGGUAUAUAUAGAAAGGGAUAUCAUGACAAUUCAGACACUAUAGGGAGGUACUUUUAGCUCAGAAUUCAGUCACUUGCAUUUUCUUACUACCUUUAACAAACAAAUGUCUGUUUUCAGGAGUUUGCACUCAGUGUCAGUACUCAAAACAUUUCCAAUGUGCUGGAAAACUCACAGGAGGGAAAAUGGGUGCAUAAAUCCAAGCCUACACCUCCAGCAGUCAGUAAAGACCUCCUUAAGGAGAAGGCAGGAUUGAACCAUGAGAAAGAGCCGUACAAAGGACAAGCUUCUAGCUGCUUCAGAUGAAAAGCUCUGGGACCUUGAGAUAGUGAAACUGGGAUAAUGUGGCUGGAACAUGGUCAGGAGGGGGCUGGGCCGCUACACUGCUCAGAACCCAUGUGAAAGGCUACACGUUCACACGGGCUUUGUAGCCUCAGUGCUGGGAAAACAAGGAAUAUCCCCUGGUGCUCCCUGGCAAGCCAGUCUAGCCAACUAUGGAAGUUCUAGGGCAGUGAGAGACUGUAGGGAGAGGUGUGUGUGUGUGUGUGUGUGUGUGUGUGUGUGUGUGGUGGGGGUGGGAGGUGUUCAGAGAGCAAGAGCACGUGCCUUUAGGACUGACACCCUGAGUUUAGUCCCUGGGAUCCUCGUGGUGGGAGAGAGAACUGACUUCCACACGCUGUGCUCUGACCCUCAAAGGUGGGUUCUGACAAAGUGUGCACACACACUCUUACAGUAGCCAAACGCAGGAAUACUUUCUUCAGGUGGAGAGGACUUGGGAAGUGACACCAUGUGGUCCUCAGUGUCCACCGCAGGUGGGAAAACGAGAGACAGGAAAGAACGUGAGAUGUGGCUACUGUUCACAUGGGAGGAAUGAAUUAGGAAGCAAUCAAAGCAUCAUUCUGAGACCCCGAUGCACGUGUGAAGCAGCUGUGAAGUGAUUUAAUAUGAGGCUGAGUUUUAGCUGAAGAACACAGGUCUGGAAGGUAUCACUUUGUAAUACACAGAAAAGGCCACAGCCUUCGGGAUCAUCACCUAAUAAGAUAAAGAAAAGAACGUGCAAAGCUGAGCCCAAGGACAGAGACCCAGGAGUCAGCCAAGGAAGACAAGCUGUGUGCAAGGCAAGCUGGGAAGUAACAGCCACAGCCGAGCAAAACCAGGUGGGCACAGUGGCCAGAAGCAAGACAAGUGCUUCCAGGGGGAGUGGCAGAUACCUGAGCCGCACGGGGCAGCUGUAAGCAAAGGGACAGAAAAUGGCCCUCAGAGCCCAGUCAUCUUGUGCAGUUUAUUGCAAAUCUUGACCUUAGUGAGGCACGAGUGACUGGGAAGGAUACUGCAGACAAUGCAUCAGACUACACUUCACCACACAGGUCAUCUUCUGCCCGGUCCUUCAAAUUAGCUAAAAGCUUCAGUGUUAUUUAUCAUCCCAACAAACCAAAACCCAAUGGACGCAGGUUCACAUUUUCACUGUUCACCCAUACACUGUUCCUCUGACAUAAAAAACAACCAAAAGACAGCAACAAAAAAUUACCUUUGAAGUAAUGCUGGACAGUCAUGGAUUUUUGUUGAAAACAAGACACACAUGGUUCCAGAGGAGUGAGUUACCCUCACUCAAUUUCUUAAGAAGACAUUUAAGCUCUCAUGGAUGGCCAUGCGUACACUAUGCACACUGCCCAGACACCUGGGGGACCAUCCGAUGAUUCAUCCUGGAUCAAGAAUGAAACAGGUCAUGUGGUCUCGGGCAGCUAAACCUAUGAAAGGAUGCACCUGGUGCUCUGCCUUCGUACCAAAGAAUCUAAUUUGAUGAAACCAAGACUGCCCCCACAUUUGCGACUCUCUACCUUUAUGAAGUGUAGCAUGUUAACCUGUAUAAACAGAUUAGAAGGCAAGGACUUGAGUAAAUGCCACCCUGCAGCUCCUCUAGAAACCUCUCUAUCCCCAGGGGCCUUCCAGAUCUCUGACCACAGCAGGACUCAUGGAGAGAUCAUCCAAAGCACCUUUCUGUUCCCAUCACACCCCGAGUCCACUCUUCCCAAGAUGACUGUUCCAUUCCACAAUGGCUCCAUUCUGUCUAGAAGACACCAGCCGCUUUCCACUCUUCCUUCUGACCACCCUUCCUCAGCUACUUAGGAUCAGAUCGACAGAAGCAAACCUUCCUUCAGUGUAAAGAGACACACAGAGCCACUUUCACAACUAACUGUGGACUUACUUCUGUGUGGUUUUCUUGCCAUCUUCAUGGACCCUCUCAAGUGCCAAUGUAACCCACGGUUUCUUGAGAAAGCUUGCUAAGAUGAGGCAUGUGCAUCCUUACCGUCAUUAGAAUAUCUAGGCUGUUUCUCGUUUCCCCACAGUUACAACAGAAAAACCAGGAGCCGUGCGUGUUUUCCUUCAGAGAACAAAAGGGAAAAGCCACCUCUUUCAGACGUUGCUAUCACUCUAAUUCAUGCACUAUUAUUUCCUUCCCACAGACAACUAACAGAGCUAAGAAAAACACCCCUCCAGGAUGACAGCGACUCUACUCUUAAAACAUGAAUGAAAUGGGGCUAAGAACAGAUUUGUACUUCAUUUGCCUUGUUAAGAAAGCACCAAGGGAACACCUGGGGAAUCUGAUGCCCUUGUCUGGCCUCCUUGAAGACUGCAUACAUGUAGUGUGCAGACAUACAUGUAGCCAAAACACCCGUACACCAACAAUAAAAAUAAAUCUUAAAGGGGGAGGGUACCAACAGUGCCUGACACUACAUGAACUCUUCCUCAUCAUCUGCAGCAAGAAGUAGAUUAAUUCACUUCCCCUACCAUACUCAAUCAGCUUCUGUAACGUGUAGGCGCCAUGGGUGAAUCUAAGUGCGAGGGAACACAUGAAGAAGCAAGAACAGAAGAAGCAAUUCUUGGCCAACAAGAAAAAGAAAGUGAAAGGAAAAACAAACAAAACAAAAACAAAACCACAACACUGAUCUACUUGAGAACUGAUCAAAAUCAAGUAUACAAGCAAAUAUAUAUGCACAUACCCAGAGUCAACUUGUAAUCCUGGAAACGACAUCUCUUUAAAUAUACAUGGGGACACAGUGUAACACGUGGGAAAGAAGUGCUUUCAAAAUGAGCAGAAAAGUCACAGCCAACUCCAGAACUGGUUUGUAUAGACAGUGAUUUUACUACAGUCUCUCUCCUUCUUAAAACUAAAGCAACAAUAAAAAGCAUUUAUCAUAUUCCUUUUUAUCCUGUGUUCUCAGACUCCACAGAGACAUUCUUUAAAUGGUUCUCCAUCCCCCCCCAGUGCCUGCUCCUUUGUAAGCUAUUUGAGUCAAAUGCAGUAAUGUGGCCUCUGCAAACACGCCACCAGCAUCCAUGCUACCAAGUCAACACCAGCUCACAGUUAGACCUCUAGCACCAUCUGCUGAGGAGGUGAAGUGCUGGCUGCAAGUUACAGUAAUCCUGGAUGGCUUUCACUGUCUGCAGCAGCCGAGCUAGUCAACCGCCAUUUCAUUACUGUGGAACUACUUAAGAGCUGAAAUAUGUAAAUUAUACAAAAACAAAAUUAGUUCUAGAAUCCUUUGGCUUUGGAGGUACUGUUACCUCCCACAGAUACUCAAAUCCUGACAUUUGUGUGCCUUAUGAAGAAUGGAAUGCAUGUAUAACCUACUACUUCUUCCUGCGUAUCAUCAACCAUCUUUGUAUAGAUGAGUUACAAACUCUAAUACAGCAUCAUGCUACCUCCA